AUGGCGUCCCGCCGCGCGGGCGCGAAGACGUACGAGCAAGUCGGCCUCGCGGCGUGGCAGGCGACGGAGAAAGUGAACGCGGAGCUGUUCACGCUGACGUACGGCGCGAUCGUGCGCCAGGUCCUCGCGGACUACGAGGACUGCGUCCCGGAGGCGAACGCCAAGCUGGACGCGAUGGGGCGAAGCAUCGGCGGUCGCCUCAUCGAAGAGUUCAACGCGAAAAACGAGCAGCAGCGCUGCGUCGACUUCAGAGACACGUGCGAGACGAUCGCGGGCGUCGCGCUUCGGAUGUUCCUCGGCGUGGGCGGGCACUGCGCGGACUGGAACGCGGACCACACGUCGUGCCUCGUCGUGAUGGAGACCAACCCGCUCGCGGACUUUGUGGAGCUCCCGGAGCGGUAUAGGGAUCUGUCGUACGGUCAGAUGCUGUGUGGGGUCAUCGUCGGUGCGUUGGAGCAAGUGCAGACGCGCGCGACGUGCGAGUGGGAGAAGGACGCGCUGCGGGGGGGGGACGGGUUCGCGAUGCGCGUGACGCUCGUGGGGCAGAUAGAUACGCCGUACCCGUUCGACGACUGA